UUCAGUCGAGCGUUGUUACCGAACUAGGAAGGUCGGUCUAACUGUAGUAGCUACACUGAGCUCUCGUCUCUCUGUGUGUCGGGUGGUACAGCCAGUGUGCGCCAGUACUAGUACAGCUCUACAGCUCUCCGCUCUGCCCGCCGCCUUCGCUGCGCUGGUGCUGCCGCUUACACAAUAACUGUGCAUCGAUAAAGCCAAAGAAGAAGCACAAAGGAUACGAAUAUACAUAUAGAAAAGUACAAAAAAAAAAAACCAAAACUCUUAAGCUGUUCACAGCUUAACGAGUGUUAAAAAAAACGUGUGUGAUUUGUUAUUGUUGUUUCGCAAAAGAAGCAGCAAUUUAAGUGCAAAAUAUAUUUGAAACGGGGUAGUUUUCUGUGAAAUACCCCCCACAACGGAAAAUAUUGUGUAAUAGCACUCGGCGUGUAAAAGGCGUUAUGAGUGCUCAGUCGCAGCUUGAGAGAGCGGACUCCUAUCGAGUCGCCACGGUUAUUGCAACCGAUGACGACAAUCGCACAGCCGAUGGCCACUUCAAGUCAAGACGCAAGAUGCCGGCCAAAGCAGCAAAGAAGGAGAACUUAGAUGAUCUCAAACAGGAGUUGGAUAUUGAUCAUCAUAAGAUCUCUCCUGAGGAAAUGUAUCAGCGUUUUCAGACACAUCCCGAAAAUGGUCUGAGUCAUGCCAAGGCUAAGGAGAAUCUGGAACGUGAUGGUCCGAAUGCGCUCACACCGCCCAAGCAAACGCCCGAAUGGGUAAAGUUCUGCAAGAAUCUGUUUGGCGGCUUUGCCAUGUUGCUGUGGAUCGGUGCUAUUCUUUGCUUUGUGGCCUAUUCGAUUCAGGCCACCACCAGCGAGGAGCCGUCCGAUGAUAACUUGUAUCUGGGUAUUGUACUUUCCGCUGUCGUCAUUGUGACAGGCAUUUUCUCAUACUAUCAGGAAUCGAAAAGUUCCAAGAUUAUGGAAUCGUUCAAGAACAUGGUGCCCCAAUUUGCCACGGUUAUACGCGAGGGCGAGAAACUAACGCUGCGCGCCGAGGAUCUCGUCCUGGGCGAUGUGGUUGAGGUUAAGUUCGGUGAUCGCAUACCCGCCGAUAUUCGUAUCAUUGAGGCGCGCAAUUUUAAGGUGGAUAACUCAUCGCUGACUGGUGAAUCGGAGCCGCAGUCGCGUGGCUCUGAGUUUACACACGAGAAUCCCUUGGAGACCAAAAAUUUGGCCUUCUUCUCAACCAACGCUGUGGAGGGCACUGCCAAGGGUGUGGUCAUCAGCUGCGGCGAUCACACUGUCAUGGGUCGCAUUGCUGGCUUGGCCUCCGGUCUGGAUACCGGCGAGACACCCAUUGCCAAGGAAAUUCAUCAUUUCAUUCAUUUGAUUACCGGCGUCGCUGUGUUCCUUGGUGUUACCUUCUUUGUGAUUGCCUUUAUUUUGGGCUACCACUGGCUGGAUGCUGUCAUCUUCCUUAUCGGCAUCAUUGUCGCCAACGUCCCCGAGGGUCUGCUGGCCACUGUCACCGUGUGCCUGACCCUGACUGCCAAGCGUAUGGCAUCGAAGAAUUGUUUGGUGAAGAACUUGGAGGCCGUCGAAACCCUUGGCUCCACCUCGACCAUCUGCUCCGAUAAGACCGGCACCCUCACCCAGAACCGCAUGACAGUUGCCCAUAUGUGGUUCGAUAACCAGAUCAUUGAGGCCGAUACCACUGAGGAUCAGUCGGGUGUUCAAUACGAUAGAACUAGCCCUGGAUUCAAGGCGCUCUCUCGCAUUGCCACUCUCUGUAAUCGUGCCGAGUUCAAAGGUGGCCAGGAUGGUGUACCAAUUCUCAAGAAGGAGGUCAGCGGCGAUGCCUCUGAGGCGGCGCUGCUCAAAUGUAUGGAACUGGCCCUGGGCGAUGUGAUGAACAUUCGCAAGCGCAAUCGCAAGAUUGCCGAGGUGCCAUUUAAUUCGACCAACAAGUACCAGGUGUCUAUACACGAAAACGAGGAUCCCAACGAUCCACGCCAUCUGCUGGUUAUGAAGGGUGCUCCCGAACGUAUUCUCGAACGCUGCUCGACCAUAUUCAUCAACGGCAAGGAGAAGGUGCUCGACGAAGAGAUGAAGGAGGCAUUCAAUAAUGCCUACAUGGAGCUCGGUGGACUUGGUGAGCGUGUGCUUGGCUUCUGUGAUUUCAUGCUGCCCUCCGACAAGUAUCCAACCGGAUUCAAGUACAACACCGAUGAAAUUAACUUCCCUAUUGAUAAUCUGCGUUUUGUUGGCCUCAUGUCCAUGAUUGAUCCCCCACGUGCCGCUGUGCCUGAUGCCGUUGCCAAGUGCCGUUCGGCUGGUAUCAAAGUCAUCAUGGUUACCGGCGAUCAUCCAAUUACUGCCAAAGCUAUUGCCAAAUCCGUGGGCAUCAUCUCCGAGGGCAACGAGACCAUUGAGGAUAUUGCCCAGCGCCUUAACAUACCCGUCUCAGAGGUUAAUCCACGUGAAGCCAAGGCCGCCGUCGUCCACGGCGCCGAGUUGCGUGAUGUAUCCGAUGAACAGCUGGAUGAAAUUCUGCGCUAUCACACUGAGAUUGUCUUUGCCCGUACCUCACCACAGCAGAAGCUCAUCAUUGUCGAGGGUUGCCAGCGCAUGGGCGCCAUUGUGGCUGUCACUGGUGACGGUGUCAACGAUUCGCCUGCCCUGAAAAAGGCUGACAUUGGUGUUGCCAUGGGUAUUGCCGGCUCCGAUGUGUCCAAGCAGGCUGCUGACAUGAUCUUGUUGGAUGAUAACUUUGCCUCUAUUGUUACUGGUGUCGAGGAGGGUCGUUUGAUCUUUGACAAUUUAAAGAAGUCCAUCGCCUACACGCUGACCUCCAACAUACCCGAAAUCUCACCUUUCUUGGCCUUCAUUCUGUGCGAUAUACCACUGCCACUGGGCACAGUUACAAUUCUGUGCAUCGAUUUGGGUACUGACAUGGUGCCAGCCAUAUCAUUGGCCUACGAACAUGCCGAAGCCGAUAUAAUGAAGCGUCCGCCACGUGACCCAUUCAACGAUAAAUUAGUGAACUCAAGAUUGAUUUCCAUGGCCUAUGGACAAAUUGGCAUGAUCCAAGCCGCCGCCGGUUUCUUUGUGUACUUUGUGAUUAUGGCUGAGAACGGUUUCCUGCCCAUGAAACUGUUUGGCAUACGUAAGAUGUGGGACUCCAAGGCUGUUAACGAUCUAACUGAUUCGUAUGGUCAGGAAUGGACCUAUCGCGACCGCAAGACCUUGGAAUACACCUGCCACACUGCCUUCUUCAUAUCGAUUGUGGUCGUGCAGUGGGCCGAUUUGAUCAUUUGCAAGACGCGUCGUAACUCCAUUUUCCAUCAGGGCAUGCGCAACUGGGCCUUGAACUUUGGCCUCGUUUUCGAAACGGUGCUGGCUGCCUUCCUUUCAUACUGCCCCGGCAUGGAUAAGGGUCUGCGCAUGUACCCACUGAAACUCGUCUGGUGGUUCCCAGCCAUUCCAUUUAUGUUGGCCAUCUUUGUGUAUGAUGAGACGCGUCGCUUCUACUUGCGUCGCAAUCCUGGCGGCUGGUUGGAGCAGGAGACAUACUAUUAAACAGCUACACACACAUGCACACACAACCAACACACAUCUACACCCACACAACACAAAUAACCGCAACCAGCAAAGGCAACAAAUAGUAAUUGUUUAUUUAACACAAAGCCACUCACAACCGCAAGUGCAACCACAGCGAACACACUAUUCUGUGUGGCAACAACAA